AUGCCUGUACCAACGACGAGACCAUCGCCUCACGCAGAUCCAUUAAGAAGUAGAACUCGUGGAAAAGAUAUUCCUAAUUUAAAUGAUAAUUUAAAAACCGGAAACACUAUAAGUGCACCAACAACACCUUCACCUUAUAAUUUACCACGCUUAUCACGACACUUUAAUCAGGAGAAAACAUUUGACAACGUUACAAAAGAGGAACACAAAAAUAAAUUACCAAGAAGUUACUCAUUAUCACCGGGUGCAAAUUUAUGGAAAGUAUUUAAAAGAAAUAAAUUGAUACCUACAGAUAAUAUAUUUUUUGGUUCUGAAUAUCAUACUAUAUCUAAUAAACAUAUAUAUUAUAGAUCUAAUCAUCAAAAUAGAAAUAAACUAGUAAAUAAACCAUUAUAUAAAAGAAGGUGGCUUCAAAGACGAGGAAAUACACGUGGAGAUUCUCACUAUCAACAAGCAGCUGUAUUAGAAGUUGGAGCAAUGGUGCUCCAAAAUAUGUUUAGUGCAUUAUCCUUCUUGCACUAUAGAAAAGAUGAUGAUUUUGUUGAUAGAUUGAGUUAUUUUUAUACUUCAAGUUUUUUAAUAAUGAUGGCAGUUUUAGUAUCUUUUAAACAGUUUGGAGGACGACCACUUGAAUGUUGGGUACCAGCACAAUUUACAGCAUCAUGGGAGGCAUAUACAGAAAUGUAUUGUUGGGCACAGAAUACAUAUUGGGUACCAAUAGAUCAAGAAAUACCAGAAGAUAUAGCAGAAAGAGAGUAUCGGCAGAUAUCAUAUUAUCAAUGGGUACCUUUUUUUUUAUUAAUAGAAGCAUUUUUGUAUUAUAUACCAUGUUUAAUGUGGAGAUUAAUGAGUGAUAAAUCAGGUAUACGAAUGAAUGAUAUUGUUCAAAUGGCAACAGAAAAAGAAAAUAUAGAACCAGAGUAUAGGUUAAGAACAAUAGAAUCUCUUGCUAGGCAUAUAGAAGCAGCAUUAAGAUAUCAACAUACAGCUACCUCUAGAACACAAUAUACAUUACAUAGAGUAUUUAAAUGUUUUAAUAUGAGGUAUUAUGAAAGUUAUGUAACAGGAUUAUAUUUAGCAACAAAAAUAUUUUAUGUUACUAAUAUUAUGGUAAAUUUAAUUUUAGUUAACAAAUUUUUAGAAACAGAUGAAUAUAAUAUUUAUGGUAUAGGUGUCCUUAGAGAUUUAUUAUUUGGUAGAACAUGGAUGGAAUCUGGAAAUUUUCCACGUGUAACAUUAUGUGAUUUUGAAGUAAGAGUAUUAGGGAAUACACAAAGACAUUCUGUUCAAUGUGUUCUUGUAAUAAAUAUUUUUAAUGAGAAAAUUUUUAUUCUCAUAUGGUUAUGGUUUUCUCUACUUUUAGUAGCAACAACUUUUGAUGCAUUAUAUUGGUUUAAUGUUUCAAUAUUUCAUAGAGAUAGAUUAAGAUUUGUAUUAAGACAUUUAGAAUUAACAUCAGAUCCUGAUAAACCAGAAUUAUUUAGGAAAGAAAAACGUAAACAAGUAGAACAUUUUGUUAAAACAUAUAUAAAAGUAGAUGGAGUUUUAGUAUUACGAAUGAUAGCAUUACAUGCAGGUGUUAUGUAUUGUACAGAAAUAACAGAUGCAUUAUGGAAAAGAUAUUUAUCCCAAAGACCAGAAAAUUUAAUAGAUGAAGAUUCAUCAUUAAUACAUUUUGCUAGGACACAAUCAAUAAGAAAACGUCAAGGAUCUCCAGGUUCACGUGAUCCAAGUCUUUCACCUCAUAGAACAACAAGUCAUCAAAAAUUAAGUCGAUUCUUGUCAAAUAGAAGUACUGGAUCUAUAAGAAUUCAUCGUUCAAAAGAUAAUAAAAAUCAGGGUACAACAAUUCCUUUGUCAGAAGUUUUAACAACACAAACACAACCACCUCCUCCAACAAUAAGUAAACCUACAAUAGUAACAAUAACAUCACCUUCAAGAGCAGAAUCUCCUGAUAGAGGACAUUUAUCAACAAGAAUAAGUACUAAAAGUUCUCCAUCAAAAUUAAAUAGUAAUACUAACUCAGGACAUGCUUUAUAA